UCUGUCCGUCUCACACGUACAGUGCUCACAUUCCAGAUCCUUCCACAAUCUUCCAGUGGGCGCACACCCAUUCUCUUCAACCUUAUAAUCUCCUCAAAUCCCACUUCCUACAUCUUCAUUAUCUCUCUCUCUCUCUCAAUCCAUAAAGCUUUCAACUUUUUGUAUUCUGUGUGCUCUGAAUCCCAGAAAAUUUUAAACUUUUUGUGUUUUGUGUUGUGAAUCCCAGAAAGCACUAUACUUUUUUGAGCGUGUGUGUGUGUGUGUUUGUGUUGUGAAUCCAAUGGCUUCUGAACCUGAGGUGUCAGAGAAUGAACCGAUGUUUGAGAGGCUAGUGAGAAAUAGAGACCUCUCUCUGUUGCUGCCUUUCAUCUUUGGCUUCACCACUCCAAGAAGAGACCCUGAACCACAGCAACAAGAACACCCAGAUCAAGAAACUGAGAAUAGAGAUAGAGCCAGAAGCCCAAAUGACAGAAUCAUCCUCAUAGACCCUUUUACGCAAGGCAUGGUAGUGAUUGAAGGAAACACAGCAUCAAGCUUGGAUUCACUGAUACAUGAGCUGGGUACCAAGGAUGGUCAGCCGCCAGCAUCAAAGGCUUCAAUAGAGGCCUUACCAGAUGUGGAGGUGAGUGUAGAUGAUAGUGAGGAGUGUGUGAUUUGCUUGGAGGAGUGGGAGCUUUGUGGUGGGGUGGUCAAAGAAAUGCCUUGUAAGCAUAAAUUCCAUGCAAGUUGUAUAGAGAAGUGGUUGGGGAUUCAUGGAUCUUGCCCGGUUUGCAGGUACAAGAUGCCUGUUGAUGAGGACGAGGUGGGCAAGAAGAGGGUUGAGAGAGAGAUCUGGGUUAGUUUUUCUUUCAAUAGUGGUAGGAGAAAUAGGCCUGACUCUGAUCAAACUCCCUCAAGUGAUCCCAAUGACUCUUCCUCAAGUCCUACUAGACCUGAACCUGAUCAUGAAAUGGAGGUCUAGACAAAAUUUUGUAAAUUUUUUCUUUUUGAGAAAAAAAAUAAAAUGUAUAUCAAAAAGAAUUUGACUUUGAUUAUGUUUUUCUUGUGAGGAAUAAAUAGAUUGUAUAUUUUUUCUUUUAUUUAA